CGGUUCUCUCAUAACAACGUGACGUAGGUAAACAAUAAUAUGGCCGCCUGAGCAAGACCGGAAUCCUAACUAUGUAUGUAUAGCUCAAACUGACUUACCAAGCUUGUAACAUGGUACGAGUUACUUGAAUCAGGUGUUUAACAUUACAAUUAAAUCAAUUAUAUGGUGGAAAGAAAGACAAGUUCAGACGUAAGGUCUAUUUGAUUUACCGACUAAGUUGCGGAAAAGGGAAUGAUAAUGGAGAAGAAGGAUUUCCUUGGCAGAUGCCUGUUUUUAUAUUUAACUUAUGUAGUAUCAUAUGUGACCUCAGAAAAUACCUAUCUUUUCAUUUCGCCGAAUACAAUCCGACCAGGACAUAAUCUCACAAUCCAGGGAUCACUCCUAGUUGAUCCUUUAACCCCUGUGGAAGUUACAGCUACGUUAGAAAAGGGGGUUAAAAAGGACUUUGGGCCAAGAUUUCUUCCGUUUUCUCCACCAGAACCGACAACUUCGGCACAGACUCCAAUCAAACCAGAACCAGUUAGUACAACGCGGGCGACGUUGGUGGACAAGCAGGCUCGAGAUAUAAUUCUUCCGAUACCAGACAAUCUACCGGAAGGACAGUAUAUCCUUAAAAUUGUUGGCACAGGAGGACUAACAUUUGAAAACUCUACAGACCUAAGCUAUGACAGCAAGAGUCAUUCAGUGUUCAUACAGACAGACAAGGCCAUUUAUAAACCUGGUCAAACUGUACACUUCAGAAUAUUUGGUGUGACUCCUGACCUUAAAGUCAUCUUUGACAAGAUGGAUGUAGAUAUAUUUGAUCCUGUCGGAAACAAGAUUAAUCAGUAUGACGUCACAAAAAAGGAGCUAAUGGAAGGUGGAGGUAUCUUUGAAACUGAACUGCCUAUGUCAGACGCACCUGUGCUUGGCGACUGGAAAAUCAAAGUGUCUCUUGGAAAAGAGAAGACGGAAAAGACAUUCACUGUCGACGAAUAUGUGUUACCAAAGUUUGAAGUAUCUGUUGAAUUGCCACCUUACGGAAGAACUACAGACACAGACUUUGAAGGGAAAGUGACAGCAAAGUAUACUUACGGAAAACCCGUGAAAGGUACCGCAGAUGUGAGGAUCGAACUCGAGCAUCCUCGUUUCAACUGGAUAAAUGGUACAAGGGUCAAGGUCAGCAGCGAAAUUGAACUACAGUUACCGAUUGACGGGACUGCAACAUUCACAGUACCUAUGAAGAGACUCAAGAGUAUUGAGGAGUUCAUGGACAGACGGUUCUUUAAAGUUGGGGCAAACGUCACCGAAACUCUCACAGGAUCCAAACUCUCCGCAACACCAGAGAAGAUUCAGUUUUUUGACAAAGCAAUAAAACUAGAUUUUCCGGAUUCUCUACCGGACAACUAUAAACCGGGACUAAACUAUCUUGCAGUGUUGAAAGUUGCUGAACAGGACGAUUCUCCACCCAGUAUAAAGAAUGGUAAGGUGUCUGUCAACGUCACGUUCUAUAGACCGAUUGUUACCACCACUACCACCACCACUACAUCUACAACACCACCACCUCCUCCGCUGAACAGCACUGGAGGGUUAAUUUUGGAGAAGGAGAUUAUACCUGAGAUACAUAUAUCACCUAGAGGAUGGUGGUGGCCUAGGGAAACAGAAGAGAAACAGCCGGAAAUGUUCUUUCCAAUACCCAGUGAUGGUAUUAUAGAGAUUCCUCUGAAUAUACCUGCAGAUGUUACCAGAGUUGAUAUUGCGGCUGAAUAUGAUAAGAUUCGUGCGUACCAUAACAUAAAGAAAUCAAACUCGCCAAGUGACAGUUUUCUGCAGUUACGACUACUUACAGAUAACCCAAAGACAGGAGAUGUAGCAGGAAUACAAAUACGUUCAACAGACCCAGAGCAGAAAACAGCAGCUUAUCAGGUUAUUUCAAAAGGAAAUGUUGUGUUAUCUGGAACCGUUGAUCUUACACCUGGUAUUUUGAACUUCCCUGUAACAGCAGAUAUGGCACCAAAAGCCAAACUCAUGUUGUAUUAUGUUAGACCAGACGGGGAAGUUGUAGCAGACGGUCUUACCUUCAAUGUUGAAGGUAUAUUUGAAAACCAGGUGCAGAUUAACUUUGACAAACCUCAAGUACAGCCCGCCGAUAAAAUCAGGUUGACAGUCAAUGCCGAUCCGGGAUCAAAGGUCAACGUCUUGGCUGUCGACAAAAGUGUACUUCUUCUAAAAACCGGAAAUGAUGUAACAGCAGAUGAUGUGAAAAACGAAUUGCAACAGUAUGAUACAAAGGGCGGCAGACAUCCAUGUGCAGACUUUUUCUGUUGGAGAUGGCCAAUGCCUGCCCAAGGAGACGACGCGCAUGAUGUUUUCAAUGGUGCUGGACUCGCCUACAUCACAGAUGCACUGAUCUAUAACCAUGAAGAGCCGGUGUAUGUUGAUUACAUGAUGGUUGAAGAUGACAUGGUAAUGAUGGAUGCAGCACCAAUGGCAAUGAUGCUUAGUAAAUCAGUUGCGAGCAAUUCUGUUUCAAAAUCAGAAUUUGCAAAGCCUUCAAGAGUAAGAAAGCUCUUCCCGGAAACUUGGCUUUGGAAAUCACAAAAUGCGGUAGGAAAUGGUACCGUUGUUUUUGAGGACACUGUCCCCGACACCAUUACAUCUUGGAUUGCCACAGCUUUUGCAGUUCACCCAUCGACUGGUCUUGGUGUUUCAGAGUCGUCCGCAAAGCUAAACACAUUUAUGCCUUUCUUUGUGAGUCUUCAACUGCCCUACUCAGUGGUUAGAGGAGAGAAGGUUAUACUGCAAGCAAAUGUGUUCAAUUAUAGUCCAUUUCCUUUGUUUGCAUAUGUACUUCUGAAAAGAAAUCCAGAGUACGAAAACAUCCAUAUAACCUCGUGGUGGACAAGCACUUACUCAGCUGAUGUUGCCAGAUUCGUUAAGAUUAACCCUAACUCAGCCGCAGCAGUGUAUUUCCCUAUUAUCCCUAAAAAGAUCGGGAAAAUCAAGGUUCAAGCUCAUGCACAGUCACUAUAUGCAGCAGACGCCGUUGAAAAACAACUCUUAGUAAAGCCUGAGGGAACACCGCACGAGUACAAUAUUCCAACAUUGAUAAAUCUCAAGCAAACCCCAAACUUCAGCACCACCAUUCCCAUUUCAUUCCCUGUGGCAACUGUAAAAGGAUCUGAAAGAGUUCUCGUCACUGUAGUAGGCGAUCUAAUGGGACCUAGUAUAAAUGGCCUGGAUUCCCUACUUAAAAUGCCAUAUGGUUGUGGUGAACAAAACAUGCUUAAUUUCGCGCCGAACAUUUUUAUUACCGAAUACCUCACCACAACCAACAACUUGGACGAAGGAACAUUUCAAAAAGCAAAGAACUUUAUGAUAAAAGGUUAUCAACGUGAAUUGACAUACCAGCAUGAUGAUGGGUCCUUUAGUGCUUUUGGAAACAGUGAUAAAUCAGGAAGCAUGUGGCUGUCUGCAUUUGUUCUCAAGUCCUUCGUCCAGGCAAAGCCGUAUAUUUUUGUCGAUGAUGACGUCAUUAAGAAGACUGUUUCUUGGAUCCUUAAAUAUCAGAACAAGAACGGCUCAUUCCCGGAGCCCGGCCGUGUUCUUCACAAAGAAAUGCAGGGAGGCUCUACGGCUGGUGAACGGUCUCUAACAGCCUUUGUACUGGCAGCAUUACUGGAAGCUCGAGUGGUGGAGGGGGUCGAUGCUCAAAUAAACAAAAGUGUACAAUUAGCAAUGAAGUUCUUGGAGGAUCAGUUACCAUUGACCACGGAUUUAUAUGAAACUGCAAUAAUAGCAUAUGUCCUUACAUUGGGUGGAGGUCCUCGUGCCCAAGAAGCAUUGGAUAAACUCCAGGCCAUGAGUACAGUAGAGGGUGGAAUGAAAUACUGGAAGAAAGCUACAGCACCGACAAAUCCAGACCUCAAUCCAUGGGAGAAGGACAAGGGCAAAGCGUUGAAUAUUGAGCUAACUGCCUAUGCCCUACUGGCUCUUACGGCUGCAAAUAACCAAGACGAUAGCCUGCAGGUUCUAAAAUGGCUGACCAGCCAGCGUAAUCCAAAUGGUGGCUAUUCUUCGACACAAGACACGAUAGUUGCUCUGCAAGCUUUGGCAAAGACAGCUGCUAAAGUAUAUUCAAAAGACUUCAACGCAAAUAUCAUCGUAACUGGGCUAACUGGAUCAAAUCUGCGAGAACAGUUUACUGUAACCAAUGACAACGCACUGGUUUUACAGAGCCGAGAGCUUCCUACCGAUAUAUCUGAAGUGAACAUUGUUGCCAAUGGCACAGGACUGGCACUGGUAGAGGUGGCAGUGUUUUAUAACAUCGAUCGGGAUGACGAUAAACCGAGCUUUUAUUCAAAGAUCACAAUUCCAGAGGAAUCUAUAGAUCAUUUUGUGGUUGAAGUUUGUACCAGUUAUCUUAAGGAAGGUGCAGCUGGUAUGUCAGUGAUAGAGAUAGGCUACCCGUCAGGUUUCACUGCAGACAAAGCUGGAAUUAGUAAACAUAAAAUGCUCAAACGUAUUGAAGAUGGUGAUAAGAAAAUUAUUCUGUAUCUAGACGAGAUAGGGAAGAAAGAAAUGUGCUUCAGAGUACCAAUGGAGAGAUCAGACCUUGUUGCGGGAGCACAGCCAGUCCCAGUGAAAGUGUAUGAUUAUUAUGAGCCAACCGACCAAGUGACUUCGUUCUACGUCCCUGAAGCUAUUCGAAAGUCAGAUGUGUGUGGAGUCUGUAAAAAGGAGUGUGAUUUCUGUCAAGAAAAGCGUAGACCAUGGUGGAGACAAUAGGACUGUCACACAAGACGAUACCAAUAUUCCAAUCAGUAACUAGGACAACGUUAUAAUUGUGUUGUACCAGCAUGAAACAUUUAUGCCAAUUUAGAAAUAUGUGUUGAAGUGUUUAUAAGUACUAUGAAAAACUAAUAUGCAGAUAUUCCUGCACCGGUAAAGUGUUGAUUUUUAUCAAUUAUACCAAAUAAAUGUGUCACCAAUGACUACACAAGUUCCCAUGUAAUAAUUUAUGCGUCACAAAAUAAAUGGACGACAUCUUACCAUAUACUGAAGACGACAGCGUCGCCUCGGAUGUACUGACCACUUAAACAUUCUCCUCGUUUUUUGAGAAGUUGUUGAUAGGAGCCAUGGUCUUAGGUUUGGCUUUAUUUCCAUUACAGAAGUGAGUUUCCUUCAUAUUGGCUAAACCGUCGGUAAGCUUACAAUCUGAACUUAUUUGUGCCAUAUUUGCAUGGUUUGUAAAUGGUAUCUUUUUUUAACAUAUUAUUUUUUUACUUUUCAUUGUAUUUUGUUUUAUUUGUACUUUCUUUAUCGGAAUAUCAAUUUUGACGAAUACAAUAUGUUUAAUAGAAAACAUUUGUUUUAAAUACUACACUAUGCCAAUAAUAUUUCAAAUAUAAAAGAAUCUUAAUAAAUAUGUUGUUUUGCUUUAA